AUGCACCGCUUUGCGUGGUCGUUCACUUAUGCCCCUCUAGAUGUAAAUGACAUCUACCAGAUCAACACGUUUCUCGCAAUCAUCACGUAUAUAUCUGGCAUCCCACUCCUCAAAUCGGAUAUACUCAAGGAGGUGUGGCCGCAUGACACGUUUUACCCCCGGCCUGAACAGGACCAUGUAGUUGUCCCGCACGACCACCGCCUCCUGGCGGAUCCGGACGACGAUCAACCCCGACAGUGGUACGCUUCGUUCGGACCCAGUGGACUCCCAGACUCGGACGUGGCGUACUCCAAGCUCAACACAUAUCUGUUCCGACACCCGGCAGCGUUGAACUUCCAGUUCGUCACCGUGCCAAUGCCCUCGGAUUACUACAUCCCCCUCCUCGCGCUGUUGCCCAACCUGGACGCGAGCAGUGCAUCUGACGAGCAGCUGACUGCAAUCAGGGCCGCAAAAGAGCAUAUAAGUGCCGCUUUGAGACAAUUGUCCCCGUUUCCGGACGAUCGCCUCGAUUGCCUCGUGAAGCUGACUACCUUGGCCGGAGAUCACUUCGCAGAGCUCUCUGGUUAUGACCUCCCUCCUGCCCAAAUCAUACACUUCCUCUGCCAAUGCCCUGACCUGGACUCACUCGACAUAUCGCACAACCCACACGUCACUCUGAGUGACAUCCCCGCCAUCCUCACUGCGGCCCUGUGUCUUCUUCGGUUAAGUGUGUAUGGCUGCAGAGCGAUCGACGGCCAGGAGCUCCUCGGCCUUCUGCGGAAACAGCCGUCACUCUUUCGCACCACUGAAGCGAUCAUCCACCCCGUCUUUUUCACAAUCGAGAAGCCGUCGGAGUACCCAAUCGCGUUCACCUACAUAUGUGCCAACGCCGAAAGGGUUGGCCGCUUGAAUACCAGCGGCGCAAGCAUCCCGCUGUUCACUCCCACCCAGGUGUUACAGGCACUAUGCCUCCUGCUCCCGCCCGCGUGGAACUCCGUUGACGGCCACCAUGUGACGUAUCCCGCGGUGUCUCCCGGCCCCGAGGGCAGCUGGGCCUUUUUCCUCGACUCGAGCCGUGUCGAGAACAUUUUGCCUGGGGAGGCCAGUCAUAUGACAUGGGCGUUCAUACACUAUGCACCGGACGAGGAGCAGAAGUCCAUUGAACCGAGCCUCGACGGCGACAGGGAGGACGAGGAGGACAAAGAGGACGAAGGGUUGAUGCUGGAGGAAGUCACACGGAGAGGCAAAGCCUACGAUCUCCGCGGGUUUCUACGCUGCAUGGCAGAAGAGGGACGGCACCCACCGCCUCCGGAACUCGUCGCAGAGCUUGAGGAUCUGCUGCAGCGGCGGCGCGAGUUUGAUGGACGGCUCGUCUGCCCACUUAUGCAGGACGAGGAUAUUGACAGCUUUGACAUGGAUACUAGUGACAGCUUUGACAUGGAUACUAGUCACUCCUGA